CUUCUUAGGGUCUUUCAAAGAGACAUGGCACAAACCAGACUGAUGAUGUUUCUGCUCAUAAGCUUACUGCUGCUGGAUCAGACCGUCAGCCAGGCUUCCAAGUUCAAAGCCAGGAAGCACAGCAAACGUAGAGUGAAAGAAAAAGAUGAUCUGAAGACCCAGAUUGACAAACUGUGGCGAGAAGUAAAUGCUCUGAAGGAAAUACAAGCACUCCAGACAGUGUGUCUUCGUGGGACCAAGGCCCACAAGAAGUGCUACCUCAUGUCAGAAGGCACCAAACGUUUCCAUGAAGCCAAUGAAGACUGCAUAACCAAGGGGGGGACAUUGGCUAUCCCGAGGAAUAACGAGGAAACAAACAUCCUUCGAGAUUACGGCAAGAGGAGUGUCCCCGGCGUGUCCGAGUUCUGGCUGGGUGUCACUGACAUGGUCAGUGAAGGGAGGUUUGUUGAUGUCAAUGGCAUGGCCCUGCAGUACUUCAACUGGGACCGUGCCCAGCCCAACGGGGGCAAGCGUGAAAACUGUGUCUUUUUGUCUCAGUCAUCCCAAGGCAAGUGGGUGGAUGAAGUCUGCCGCACUGCCAAGAGAUACGUUUGCGAAUUCCUGAUCCCGUAAUGACAUACACAAAAGACCACGGCCCUGUUUCUGGUUACCAACACACACUUUUGCUUAGUAACCCCUCCCACUUAGAGAGUGGUGAUUUAAAACUAUCCCUCUCCUGCCUUGAAUUCGCUCUUUCCUGAAACAUGAGUUUUCUCUGUUAAUUUAUUUUCUAUUCAUACGCUAAAAACGUUUACUGAGUACUCUCAUUAUGUACAGAGAUAUAUACUAUGUUUUGGCCUGCAUUGUAUCAUAUUUUGGCAUAAUACUUCAGCCUGAAGUUCGGGUUGCUGGAUUCACCUCCUAUUUCUGUCCUUUACCUAGAAAAUACUGCUGCAUGCUAAGCCUUGCCAAUAUGAGCAGUAGGGAUCCUCUCUGUUCUAAAGUUUAAGAGUGACCUUGGGCUUAUGUGAGCUCCUGUGAAAAACAACCAUCAUCCUUUACAGAGUUUAACUGGAAUAAUCUGUGGCCAAGAAUUUUACCUAUGGGUUAAGAAUGCUGAACGAAACAGAAAAAUCUGAUGUUAAUUAUUUAACUACAUGCAGUUCACAGUGAUACACCGCUAGAAAAAGGGGGAGUAGCUGUUUUAAAACAUUAGUCUAGACAUGUUUACCUCUAAAUGUCUCAAUUACGGUUCAGUAUUUGAUGUCAUUAGGAACAUUUCCACAGAAGAAAGCAGCCUGGGACUAGAUCCCACUCUGCUGUGUGAAGCCUUGCUAAGCCUGGUCUCCUGCAGGCUCAGACGGGCUCUGCCAUUCACAGAGAGCUCCUGAAAGCUCCGGGAGGGAGACAGGAGCUCCUUUCUGGCACAGUGUUCCCACUCACCCACAUUCCCACGGGAUGGGCAGCACACCCCAGGGGAACAGGAGAGUGGGGCAAGACCACCUGCAAAUGUUCCAAUUUCACACCUGACAUCUGAAAAUGAAGUAAAACGCGCUGGUUGCUUUUGGCUGUUCUGAACCUCACAACAGAGA